CUUUUCACGUGACGUAGGGUAGUUAAGGACACAUUAGCCAAAGAGGAGUCACAACUUCUGAUCCACUGUAUACCAGCGAGGCACCGUGUGGCGACGACAGGAUAAUUACGAUCUCAGCUGCAAGUAAACAUGUAUCCACACACGCUGACGCAGUUGGACAGGUGGAAUCCUUUCAGCGCUCCUUUUACCGACAUGCAUCAGAAUGAGCAGCCGGCACCUGAAGAGGCGCAUCCAAAGCGUAAACUCCCGUCGGUUGAUGACGCUUGCCUUUCAGAUGGAGAGUGUGGGGCGUUUGUACACUGGUCUGAGGAGGUGCAGUGGUUUGAUGACCAGCACGAGGAAAAGAAGGACGGCACAGUGUCCAAUGGUGUCAAAGCGACAUGGAACAACACCCGAAUCCUCACCCGGGCGAUGGUUGCCAACGGCAACGGCAUACAUAAAGCGCUCGGACGGCAGAAUUUGGCGAAGGAGAUGAUGCCCAAUGGGGUCCACAUUCCAGCAGGCUUCAAACACUGGAUCCCACUGUGGGCAAAGGUAGCUGCGUUCCUGUUCUUUGGCGUGCUGACCGGCUGCCUGCUCUACAUCUUCCAGCCAGACGACUUCGUACCUCCGCCGCUUCAGGAAGAGGAGACAGAAGAGCUUGAGGACACCAUCAUGUUCACGUGGGAGUGGAUUUCCAUCAUGGUGGCGGAAACUGUCGCCGAAUUUGUCUUCAUAACAAAAUCGUUGUUCUCAUUUUUUUAGUCUGGCCAUGAUUAUAUGAUCGUAUAAAGUGUUGAUUGUACAGUGAUCCGAAGUGGUGAAGACCCAGGAAAUGGUCUCACUUUUACAAUUGUGAAUGCACAGGUGAUGGUUUGCUGAAUUGGACUUUUCAGGGUGUAAUGGAGACGUUGUUUCUGAAUGGUGGCAAAGUUUUUUGUAGAACUUUUGCAAGACUUUUUCUGCAGAUUUGAUUUUUCUUUUUCACAUUGUGUCUGGCUAUGCACAUACAUACACACAUACUCACAUACACACACACACACAUAUGCAUGCAUGUAUACACACACACACACACAUACACAUGCAUGUAUAUACACACACACACACACACACACACACACACACACACACACACACACAGAGAAACCCCUUCAUAACCCUUUCUCACACCCCAAUUUUUAGGCUUUCUAUUUGACCCAUAAGCAACACCCGCUGCCUCUCUUCGAAACAAAUGUAUUUUUUAUUUUUAGGCAAAAGAUUUCAUGUAUGUGUCUGUUGGUCGUUUUGGCCUGUUGUUUAACAUUUUAUUAUGUUGUUUACACCCAUGCAGUUAACCUGACUGAUGCUCACACACACAUUAUUAUCUAUCAAUAUAUCAAUCUAUAUCUCUAUCUAUCUAUCAAUCGAUCUAUUUAUCUAUCUAUCUAUCUAUCUAUCUAUCUAUC